AUGGGUAGGGGGCAUCCGAAGGUUGCUUCAUUGAGAAUAAUUCCACAGCCUUUUCCAGAUCUUUGUGCACCUCUUUUUGAUGGAAGUAGUUCCACUGGUAAUUUUAGGACUUACUCAACCCAAACAUCAUCAGUAGCUAGAGCAUCCUUUUGUCAUGUUCUACCACUUCAGAUUACCGCCACCCCUUUUCAUGCAAUAGAUGAUGAUGGUGAUGACACUUCCCAUCAUGAGCCACCACCUUAUGCUGCUUCACCUUCUACUACUUCACCAUAUACUGUGUCGCCAUCCAGUAACCCCAAAAAAAGUUCUAAACUCUCAACUCUUAUAACUCUUAGUGCCUCACCGUCUACUUCUUCACCUGAUGGAACUUCUAUUACUGCUGAGGAUUCAGCAUUUGAAAUGAAAAAAGCCCUACACAGUUUGACUAAAGGGAAUACAAUUCCUCAAUGUUUAGAGAAGUUAGAGGUGCUUCAGUUAGGCCCUACAAAUCCUUUACUCUUUGUUGCAUAUCAUAUUUUUAAAGGGACCAUGAACUUGAGAUAG